AUGCUGGAUCUGGUUGCCAUGGCAGCUGAUGAUUCUGCCCUGGCUGAGGAUCUGCAGGUUGAAGAGGUUCUCCGGUUCUCAAUUCAGUCAGAGGAUGUCUGUGCAGUUUGCAAACAGGUCAUCCGAUCAUUGGAAGCCUCAUGGAAACCUGAAAAUUGUGACCAUGUCAUCUGCAUUGCCUGCUUCUGCCAAUAUGCACCUGAGACGGAGGCCACUGCACUGCCCAGGUGCGCCGUGGCGUCUUGUGAUUCUUUGCGCAAUACAGAGACACAUCAGGGCAUCAGUGUGCCUCAGAGCACUUUGAUCUCAAUUGAAGACAUGGACCAGAAAGGGAAGAAACCACUAGAUAGUACACUUCAAGAGCUUGGUCAAUGUUCUCGAGGUGCGAGCGCAAAGAUCAGCAGUGAGUUAUACUGUGCCAUCUGCAUGGAAACAGUGCACAUCGGAGAGUUCUUUCCCAUUGAUGGAUGCACACACACAUUCUGCACCAGUUGUGUGAGCCAGUACAUUGCUGCAAAGGUUGAGGAGAAUGUGUUGUCUAUUGGCUGCCCUGACCCAGGAUGCAAGGAUGGUGUGUUGCACCCAGACGUGUGCCGCGAUGUGAUCCCGGCACAGCUGUUCCAGAGAUGGGGUGCUGCGCUCUGUGACUCAUCAUUGGGGUCACUCAAAUUCUACUGCCCCUUUAAGGAAUGCUCUGCUCUGUUGGUUCAUGAUCCUGGCCAUGGUGAGGCGCUGAUAACAAAUGUGGAGUGCCCACACUGCUGCCGGAUGUUCUGUGCCCAGUGCAAGGUUCCAUGGCACCAUGGUGUCACUUGCACAGAGUUCCAACGACUGGGGAAGGAUGAGCAGGGCAGGGAGGACCUACUGCUGAGGAAGGUCGCACAAAAGAGCAAGUGGCAGAGGUGCCCCAAGUGCAAGAUAUAUGUGGAGAGGAUCGAGGGCUGUGUUCAUAUCAUCUGCAGGUGUGGGCACUGCUUCUGCUACCUUUGUGCAUCCCCAAUGUCUAGGGACAACCAUGCUUGCAAAACCUGCAAGCGAACCUGGUGA